GUAUAUGGGACAACAUAAGCCAAACAAAACACCUGUGUAACUCUGCAAAUCUGGGACUGGGAGAGAUGGCUGUGCACAACCUUCUACUUCAGUCUACUCUCUCUUUGCUCUGCCAUUGAAAUAACAGAUUUUUAAAAAAAUAGUUGCACAGUAUCUCUGUUGUACUUUUGUUGUCAAUACUGUGCAGUGGAAGGUCUGUUUUGUGCAGGACUGGUUCUCCUCAGCAUUGAGAUUCACCAAGGCUUCCACUAAAAACUGAAAGCAAUACCAGAAUGUAUUUGGGACUCAACAAGCAGCACUAAGGGUGUUAAAUGGAGUUAGUAGAAGGUGGAAGAAUUUGUAGGUCAGAAAAUGAAUAACCAGGUGCCCAGCACUGUUCUUUUUCCCCUGAAGGCAACUGGAUCUGUUGUCAUUAAUUAGUUCUGCCAACUCACGGCACCUGCAACUCAUUUGAAGAUAAUCCUUGGGAUCAGAGACUUAAACAUUGUGGGUACUUGCUGAAGAUCAGGAGUUAAGCAGAAAUAAUUCUGAAGAACUCCCAUUACAGGGUGUUAAGGAAAAAAAUCUAUCAGGUAAUCAAAGCAAAAAAGGAGAAGGAAUCACUUGAUUCCUUAAAUUAAUGAUGUGUUCACUUUCACUUUCUCACCAGCUCCUCUAGAUCCAAGUGAUUUCAUUCAAAACUGCAGUAGAUCUUUCCAUACUGUAUCUGUAUCUGUUUAGGGGAUGAGACCAGAACUUGCAUUUAAAUAAAGAAAAAGUCUUAAACAGCCAUAGGAGUUCAACCAAAACACUGGCAGCAAGCAGAGUGCAUCUUAUAAACUCACUAUCCACCACUCGACCACUUCAGAACAAGCAAACCUGGCACUGGGGAAAAGGGAAGAAGUCAUAAACAGACUUAGAGCCCACACAAGGAAUCUAUUCCACCAAUUUUCCAACAGCACCUCGUGGCAAAUGCUUUGGAGAACACCAUUAGAAGGCAAGGGAAGAGCAGGCUGAUUGUUUCUUUGGUAUUGGUACUCAGCUCAGCAGAAGCCAAGACACCCAAAAUUCCGCCCUCCCUAAUUCAAACAGUGAAUAUUUUGCAAGGAUAAAAGGUUGCUUGGAGAGGUUUUUUGCAAAAUGCCCAGUACUCUGGCUUUGAUCCUAAAAAGCUUUUCAGCAGGUGCUUAGAGGUAAACUAAGGUAGAAUUUAAAGAGCUAUUAAGUACUGUGCCUGUGCUGGAUCAGAGUUUGCUACCUUGCAGAAUGACGUCUAUGUUAAAGCAUCCCAUACAAAUUCCAGUGCCAUCUCAACAGCUGUCCAGUGCAAUUGCAAGUGGCUCAGUCCAGAGCUUCAUUACACAAACAUGUUUUUCCAUAAAAGGAAAAAAUAAGACAUGUUUAUCUAAGUCAGAGUACAAAAAAUUUGCAUUUUACCUUUUAAAUUGUUGAUAAAGUGCUUUUUUUUGACAUUUUACCUGAUAUUUUCCAGAAUGCUCAUUUUCUGUGCAUGUCACUAUUCAAACAAUUCAAAGAAAGCAAUUUACUCAAUAGGGUGUGUGAAAGUACCCAAAUUUCAUGAUGUUUAAAACUCCUAUUUGCGUUUCAGAAUCAUCUGGGAAACCAAUACAGGCUCUGAAACAGAGCAGCUUGUUUUAGCUUUAAAAUAAUUCCUUUUUUUUUUUUUUUGAGAACAAUUGUUUUCUAGUAGCAAGAAAUGCAAAACAAACCGUAAUUAAGCUAUUUAUAUUCCCUAUUCAUAGACCCUUUCCUCAAAAUAGCCCAUGCACUUGGAACAGAAAAAUUAUGAAUAAGAAUAAAAAUAACAGUCUACAUGAGUCAUGCAGUUGAGCUGCUGAACAUCCAAUAUUCAGCAUACUCUUAAUAGUAGAUUUAGAAUGAAGUUAAAUGAGUUUCUCAGCUGGAUGCUCAGAGCCUAUGUUCAUUCCUACAGCCAAAACUCAAGCCUCCAGGCUGUUACUCUUCCAGAUCCUGAGAGGAUGUAGUGUUGCACUAGUCUCUUUAUUGUUUACAUUUCUAGGGAAAAAAACCUGCCUGUAAGUAAUUUUCUGAGACAUGGUGUGUUCUCUUAGGGAAGCUUUUGUUAUUUCUUUUGUCUUUUUCCCCUUUUGUGCAUUAUCCUAUGAAGGCCGUAAUCCUUUCUAUUGGAUCUUGGUUCCCCUAAAUCCAAAAAUAGCUAUGACAAGAAUAUCACUUCUUGUCUGUGUGUGAGGAAGAAUACAUAAUAUAUCAGUUUAUAUAUUCAAAAAAGGCCAGUAAAAAGGGUAGUAAAUGCUUCAGACCUAUAUAACCCAAAAGAAUAGAGAACUAGGUUUACUACUUACUUUUUUCUUUUUUUUCUGGAAAGGUAAAUUGAAAUAGUUCAUUGGUUUGAAUGUAUGGUUCAGAUGUUGCUGAAAAAAACUGUUUGCAAUAUCUGCUCUCCAAUAGGAAACCUUUCCUACCUCUUCAAUGCAUGGACUGCCCUGGCAAAGAAAAAAGCAGGUCUCUGCAAAUUAUGGACUAAGAGUAGGCAAAGCAGGAGAAGGAGAUACCUAGUAAACAGUAAGGCUGCAAAGAAGAUUUAGCCAAGAGUUUAGAAGGCAAAAAGGGCAGAAAAAUCAACCGGUUUAACACAAAAUCUUAUUAGAGAUAAAUGAGACUCUUACGGAUUAAGGUAACAAAACUUAGAACAUAAGCAUGGAUGAAAGCCUUACUGUUAGAAAUCAAGAUGAAGAGAGAGCAAGGACAACAUCUCACGAACUACAAGCAGAGGGUAUUCCAAACUGUGAGGAAAGCCCUGCUCCUACUCUUGAAGAAGUAAAUGCCUGGGCUCAGUCAUUUGACAAGUUGAUGCUUACACCAGCUGGCAGAAAUGCUUUUCGUGAAUUUCUACGAACAGAAUUCAGUGAGGAAAACAUGCUUUUCUGGAUGGCCUGCGAGGAACUAAAGCAAGAAUCCAACAAAAGUGUCAUUGAAGAAAAAGCAAGACUAAUUUAUGAAGAUUAUAUUUCUAUCCUUUCUCCAAAAGAGGUCAGCCUGGACUCCAGAGUAAGAGAAGUGAUUAACCGAAAUAUGCUGGAACCCUCACAACACACCUUUGAUGACGCACAGCUUCAAAUCUAUACCUUAAUGCACAGAGACUCUUACCCACGGUUUAUGAACUCUGCUAUUUAUAAGGACUUGCUUCGGUCCUUAUCUGAAAAACCCGCUGAAGCAUAGAAUCUAUUCUUAAAUGUAUUUGUUUUAAAACAAAUGGAACUCUGGGCUACACAAAUCCACAGGGAAUUUAGAAUUAAUCAGAUAUCCACCUGAAAAUAACUCAGGCAAGUUUUACUACAGACUGAAUUAUUUAAAUCCGCACUGACAGGCUCUGUCACAAUCAGCUAAAUAUGGUUUCUGAUCAAAUUCAGUGUUAUUUUCCAAAAGGGAAUGAACACAAUGAAGAGAAAAUGUUGUUCAAAAAUGCAGUAUUUUUUCAAACACAGCACACAACUCGGAAGCAAAAUUGUUACAAUGUGUGUCUGAGGUACAAACGCCAACUGAGCAUGAAAACUAAAAUUAAUUUUUAGUGCAGUGUUAGAAUUGUCUUGAAAACCAAAUCAGUUGCCCCAUCCACACUGUGACCCAAGUUAAAAAUAUUACUGUUGAUACUGUGGUACUUACUCCAGGCAAUGCCAUCAUACCUGGCAUAGGUACACUCCACUUGUUUUGGUAUAAAUAAUAUGUACAUGGUGUGCUAAUGGAAAUCAGCACAGCAAUCUCAAGUUUACGAAAGUUGCUGGUUGAAAUAAUGCUGCCUAUAUAAAAGAAAAAAUCUUUUGCUGAAGAGUUAUUAUUUUACUACUAAAAUCUGCUGAAAGCAUUAAGUUCUUAUUGUUGAUGUUUAUAAAGUUAAAUUAUUUACUUCAGAGGAAGACGUGUCUGGGCAUUCCAAUUCCAAAAUAAAGCACAAGAAUUGUCACAUAUUCUUCCUUUCCCUCAGUAGGUAUAUGUAAAAUCCUUCACUACUCACUCCCAAGAGGAUGGCAGUAUCAGCCAUCUUGGUUUUGUACAUAUUAAACUCCCCCAUUACCUGACAGAUCUUGUAAGGUUUCUAUUACAGACACACACACAAUUUAAUUAAUAAAAGCAGGAAGCUUGAACUAUUGUGUUCUGACACAGCACUAUUUCAGACUGUCUGACAGCACCAGCUCUAUCCAGUAAUAAACCACGUUCAUUUACCAGUAUCCCCAAAGCAUUACACUUGAUUUCUCGUCAUAUCUCUAAACCAUUAAUCACAGGAAAUACCAGGAAGAGAGUAAGUUGAAUCCACAUAAUCUAUGUGUACGUCUGUAAUUCUAAUAUCUUCUUUCUUUUAAAC